AGAAGAAAAGGGCUUACGGAGCAGAUGUGUAUCACAGUUUAUUGCUGCAGAGGUUGAAUGACUACUGACUAACACUACUUCUAUCUCUGACUUCAGUUUCAGAGCAGAUAUGUCUAUUAUCACUAUUGUGGCACUCCUGGUCAUCCUGUCCAUCCAAGAGGGUACAUGUCUGGGGGAUCAAGGAGUGAAUCUUCGAUGUCGAUGCAUCGCCAAGGAGAAAAGGCCCAUUGGACGUUACAUAGGACAGGUGGAGGUGCAUCCUGCCAGCUCACACUGCAAUGACAUUGAGAUAAUUGCCACUCUUAAAAACAAUGGGGAAAAGAUUUGUCUGGACCCUAAUGCUCCUUGGGUCAAAAAAGUGCUUAAGAAGAAAGUAAAGCAAACACGAUGAAGAACAAACCUUCAAGGAUUUGGCUUGGAUA